GGGCGACGCCUGCCGCCCCGCGCGGGCGCGGUGGAUUCAGUGGGGCACCGGCUCUUCUCGAACGGUCGAGGUGGAGGUCGAUGCCACGGUCAUUUGCAAGUGGAACGCCGAGGAGAACGCCGAGCUGACGCAUUCAUAUUACUGUUACAUUGGCAUUCGCCAGCGAGGUAGCACGUCCCACUUCGCCAUGAUGCCGCUGGGCGCGUAUCGCGCUUUCUGCAAGGAGAUCCUUGGCGACCGCAAGUACAAUCUGCUGCUCAUGACAGACGGCGCGGGCUGCUACAAGUGCCGCUGCUCGGAUUGCGUCGUGCGGUUCGAGGAGCACCACAGCGUGAACCACUCCAGGAAGCCGAAGGCCGAGUUUUCCCGGCCCAUCCCCGCGGUCGUCGCCGACGUCGACACGGGCCACACGAGGGGAUCUAUGGCUGGCACGAUGACGAUCGACAAAGAAUGGGAUCUUCUCAAGGAGCCUUUGCCACGGAACCUGACUGCCCGCGCUGUGGAGGACGUCGAUAGGACGGACGGCUACGUGAGGUCUCAGCAAUGGCGGCGCUUGGUCGGCAACGACGAUCGAUGGUCGGCUUUUCUCGACGCAGCCAGGGAGUGGGCGAAAUGCGCCGAUUCCAGAGCGAAGCUCAAGCUGGGUCUGGCAACGGGGAAAGCGGGCAAGUUGGCUCUGGCAGCGGGGAAGCGCUUGAACAGGGGCAAGAGCAGCGGGAGGAGCGCGCCCAAGAGCAUUCCCAAGAGGCACCCGCACGCCAUCGCGACGGGCAUGCCGACGGCCGCGGCCCCGAGCAUCGUGACGGGCAGGGUGCCGUGGGUGCCCCCAUGGCCGCUCCCGCCGCCGCCAGCCUGGCACGCGGGCGCCCUGUGGGGCGAUCGGUAUCUUGAGCGCCAGGGCAGCGCUCCCGUGUGCGGCCGGCAUGCCUUGAACAAUUUGUUGGGGGCGCCGCAGUUCUCGGACGGCGACUUGGAGGUGGCGCGCGGCAUUGUGGUGGCUCAGACAGAUGAUCCCCCCGACCUUCACGUGAGCGAUGGAGGAUGGUACUCCCGCUCCGUGCUGGCGACUGCAUUCACGAGCAGCGACGACAUGUUGGGGGCGCUGGUGAACCAUAACAACGUCCAUUGGUCGGCUAUCCAG